UGUUGACACCGUAAGACACGUUUGUUGUGCAGUGCCCAUGUCGUGCCUUAUGGUUCCCUAUAGUGCCCAAACACUCCAGGAUUGGGAUUUCAUUGAGGCGACACUUCGUCUUUUAGUUUAAGUUGUGCUUGUCGCCCCUGAGUCAGACGUCUAAAAGUUGCCAGAACAAUUGUCCUAAAAUGAAGCGAGCUCUGAGCUGUCCAGCCAAAAUUUGGCUUGGUUUGGCCAUGCUUUUGUUUCCUUGACAUGGAACUGUACAAGGAUGGUUUAGGAUGUCCUACGUGGGGUGAAGGGGCUGGGAGAGACUUGCGUUAGUCUAGGCUGGAGCUUAUACCAGAUUGUUUAUCUCUUUCGUGACACACAAAUCUAAUGCAACGCAGCUAAGGAUUUUGAGCUAAUGCAACGAAGAUAAGACUACUGAGCUAGGAUAACAGAGCUAAGUGAGCUGGGAUAUUGAGCUAAGAAUUCUGAAUCAGAGAGGCAAGAUGCCAAAGGUAUCUCACUCCCCCAGGAGCAAACAUGGCGGCAUCCUGCACGCGCUCCUGCCCGGCGCGCGCCUGGACAAAAACACGAACAAGAUCCGGGUCCACACCAGCACUAGUAAUGAGAUAGUCAAGUUCAACGUGGGGGGUCACAUGUUUGAGACGUACCGGGCUACACUCAGGGCCAUCCCCAAAAGUCCUCUGGCCAACAACGAGUUUCUGGCCAGGCACUUCCGGACCGAGUCUAAUGACUACUUCUUCGACCGUGACCCUGAGAUCUUCCACUGCGUGCUCAACCACUUCCGCACGGGCGAGCUGCACCUCCCCACCUCCGUGUGUGGGCCGGUGGUCAAGUCAGAGCUGGAGUUCUGGGGACUGGACGAGGCGGACAUUGAGGAGUGUUGCUGGAGCAGGUACUCAACCUGGGCGACAACCCUACAGGCUCUCCGCAAGCUGGAAGACGACAGAAAUGCGAAUCUACAGCUGGGAGAAUAUCCGUACAAAGAACAUUCGUCUUUUUGUAGAGAAAUUCGCCGAAAAGCUUGGAAAUUUUUCUCGACCCCGUCUUCGUCUGUCUACGCACAGGUCUACGGCUUCAUCUCUCUGUCCGUCAUCUUCCUGAGCAUCAUCUCGUUCUGCGCCAACACCCACCCCGACGUCAGGACAACCACCACCCACAACACCGUCAGGCCGGCCACCACCCAGCCCUCGGUCAGUGCCGACCAGCCAUGGAGGGCAGUCAGCAACUGGACAGAGUCGCCCUACCCCGGGGACGUCACCCCCUCCCACACCGGCCUGUACCGCGGGGUUGUCCACGGCACCAACCACACCGCCCCCCACAGGCUGCAGGGGCUGGUGGAACUCAAUGUGACGUCACAGGAACCCGAGGAAAUAAACGGCCUGUUCACCCACCCCUCCCUCCACUACCUGGACAUCGCCUGCCUGAUCUUCCUGACUCUGGAGCUGGUUGCCAGGUUCCUGGUGUCCCCACACAAGGCAAAGUUCGUUCUGAUGCCCAUGUCGGUCAUAGAGUUCCUGGCACUGCUGCCAGACCUGACGGACAACAUGGUGCAGCUCUUCACGUCAUCCGCCGUGCAGUACGGCCUGGUCAUGCGUUACGUCAACUUUCUCAAGGUGCUCCGUGUCUUCAGGAUCUUCCGGCUCAUGCGGCACAUUCCUGGUCUGUGGAUCUUGUUCUACACACUCAAGGCCAGUAUCAAGGACCUACUCCUGCUCCUGCUGUUUGUCUUCGUCGGCAUGCUCAUCUUCUCCUCGCUCAUCUUCUUCGCGGAGAGCGACGUGCAGCCCGAGUUCUCCAGCAUCCCCAAGUGCUUCUGGUGGGCUGUCAUCACCAUGACAACCGUCGGCUACGGCGACAUGUAUCCCAAGACCAGCGUGGGCUACCUCAUCGGCACGGCGACCGGCAUUGCCGGCGUGUUGAUGAUCGGCUUCACGGUUCCGGUUCUAGUCAACAACUUCGUCAUGUACUACAACCACACCACCUCCAGCAUCCGACGCGAGCAGCAGCGGGAAAAUAGGUCAGGGUCGUUCUACCGGAGAAAACCGCAAAUCAGCGGGCUCGGCGACAAGCUCAUGAGCUUCGGGAAUUUCCGUUCGUUAAAAAUAACUGACAUCAACCCGAAAAACGAGGCGCCGGCCAAGGGUGAGGGUGGGACUGGAGAUUUUAGCCCGGACGAGACCCAGACCUUCUCGUUCAGGCCCAAACUUCAGACUCAAGAAACCACGACGACAGAGCUUGAUGACGAUGAAGUGGAUUCAAAAGAAACGGUCAUACUAAAUGUCGCGGCUUAGGUUUAUAUAAACAAAACAGCAGUUAAAUCAAAACCAUUUUUUAAAGUCUACUUUUUUUUCUAUAUAAUCAGAAUAAUUGAAUAAUUUUAUUAAGUUUUUUUUUUAAAUUCUCCCUUGGCUCUUUGAGUUUCUACAAGCACAAGAGUUCUAUAGUUGUACGGCUGCUGUAUUAGUUAUCUCCCCUUGAGUGACGAGCCAUUGGACGAACAAACACUACAGUAUUGGAUACUUUGCAUUUAUUUGUAACAUUGUCAAAGUCAUGUACAUAUUUGGAAUUAACUACUUAUAUUACAACUUAUCUGAUUAUGUAAGGUACUUAAUAGUUGUAUGCACUUUUUAUCAAUGCAGAUACCAUUAAUAAUUCAUUCAU